AUGGCAGGGCUCCACGUCCGCUCACUUCUGGUGACUGGGGCCAACCGGGGACUCGGCCUGGGGCUCGUCCAGCAUUUCCUGAGGAUGCCAAACCCACCUCAGUGGAUCUUUGCAACCUGUCGGGACCCCAAGGGACAGAGAGCACAGGAGCUACAGAAUUUGGCUUCCAAGCACCCCAACAUCAUCAUCAUCCCGCUCGAGGUCAGCGACCCCACCAGCAUCAAGGCAGCUGCAGCCAAGGUUGGGGAGCACUUGGGGGGCUCUGGGCUGAACCUCCUCAUCAACAAUGCUGGAAUUGCAAAGCCAAACUCCCUUGAUAAUGAGACACCAGAGGAUAUGAUCCAGGUUUACACCACCAACACGGUUGGACCCCUGCUGAUGGGCCAGGGCUCAGAGCUGAGCUGCAGCAAGGCUGCCAUCAUCAACAUGUCCAGCUAUGCAGGCUCCAUUGAGGACAUGUAUGUGUGGGAUUUUGGACAAAUUGUCUCGUACCGCUGCAGCAAGGCUGCUCUGAACAUGCUGAGCAGGUGCCAGUCUCUGGCGUACAAGGAGCACGGCAUCCUCUGCGUGGCUCUCCACCCCGGCUGGGUGCAAACUGACAUGGGGGCCGGAGGCUCAUAUAAGCCUCCCCUGACAGUGGAAGACAGCGUGCAAGGGAUGCUGAAGGUGCUGUCCUCCAUCUCUGAGAAGGAGACUGGGGCUUUUCUGGACUGGGAAGGGAAGGUCAUGCCCUGGUGA